AUGGAAAAUGAAGGCUCGAAUAGGUGUUCUUGUUCUGCACGCACUCUGGUGUCAAUAUUGGCUUCAAUUAUUCUUCUAUUCCAACCAGAUUACUGCAUCGCUAAGCGACGGCCACCAUGUCCUCCUUCAUCAUGCGGCCAAAUUCGCAACAUAUCUUACCCAUUUCGCCUAAAAGGUGACCCAAGCCAAUGCGGCGACCCAAGGUAUGAGUUAGAUUGCGUUAACAACGUCACACUCUUAACCUUGUUCUCGGAGAAAUACCAUGUACGAGACAUCGACUAUAAGCAAUACAAAGUCGUUGUCAGUGACCCGGGUCAGGAGGAAGAAGCUAAUUGCUCCUUCAUCCCUCGCAAUUUCUUAUCGGACAGUAAUUUCAGGCCCACGGGCCUGGUUGGCCCAGAUGAUUUCGGAUCGGAGCCGUUCACUUGGGAACCCUGGUAUACUCUCCGAAUAGGGUACUUUAACUGCGCGAAUCCUGUGAGUGACGAUCCACGAUAUGUUAAGGUGGAGAGAGGUGAAUGUGGGAGAGGUGGGCACGUGUACGCGGUAUUAGAACCGUCUUUGUAUGAGGUUCGUGUGAAGGACAUCAAGGUUGGGUGCGAUCUGAUGGUGGCUACAGUGGUUGACUGGUCACCGAAAGAGAAUGUGAGCUACGACGAGAUCCGUGGCGUGAUAAGGGAGGGAAUUCGGUUGUCGUGGUUGCCGGUGAUUUGCGAGGAUCGAUGUGGAAGGGGAACGGACUGUAAGGUUAUCAACGGAGAAGUCCAGUGUGAGGAACAUUACUGCCAUUACGCCUACCACACCACCGAUAAAUGCGUUGGAUAG